GGCUUUCCUAGAGUACGAUGUUGUAUCUUGUAGGCCUCGGACUGUCAGAUGAGACAGACAUUACGGUGAAGGGACUGGAGAUCGUGAAGAAGGCCUCGCGCGUGUACCUGGAAGCAUACACAAGCAUCCUGCUGGUCGACCAGUCCGUGCUGGAAACCUACUAUGGCCGGCCUGUGACAAUCGCCGACCGCGAGAUGGUUGAGUCCAACAGCGACGAGAUCCUCCGCGAUGCCGGCACCGAGGACGUCGCCUUCCUGGUGGUUGGCGAUCCCUUCGGCGCGACGACGCACACAGACCUUGUGCUGCGCGCGCGUGAGCUGGGCAUUCCCGUAGGCACUGUGCCCAACGCCUCCAUCAUGAGCGGCAUCGGAGCUGCGGGCCUGCAACUGUACAACUUCGGCCAGACGGUCAGCAUGGUCUUCUUCACGGACAACUGGCGGCCGGCCUCGUUCUACGACCGCGUGCGCGAGAACAGGACGAUCGGCCUGCACACGCUGUUGCUGCUGGACAUCAAGGUCAAGGAGCAGAGCCUGGAGAACAUGGCGCGGGGAAUUAGGAUUUUUGAGCCGCCCAGGUACAUGACGGUUGGUCAGUGCGCCUCCCAAAUGCUGGAGGUCGAGGAGGAGCGGAAAGAGGGCGUUUACGGGCCCAACAGCCUGGCCAUUGGGGCGGCGCGCGUGGGCGGCAAGACCGAGAAGUUUGUUGCAGGCACGCUGAAGGAGCUGUGUGAGCAGGAUGAUGCCCUCGGCCCGCCUCUUCACAGCCUUGUGUUGCUGGGCCGGAGGACACAUGAGCUAGAGCACGACUUUGUCCGGGAGUUCGCCGUGAACAAGGAGACUUGGGACUCGAUAUGGAAAGCGGACUAUCAGGGCCAAUAAACAACAGGUGUUGUGGUCAGAGAGAAUGCAGACUUUCCUGUUCCAAAGAGAUAUGAUCCAUCUUCAUGGUGCAACAGCUCGACUGGCCCUUGGGAGAAGCAGGCCGCAUUUUGUCUUGUUGCGGUCUCCUUGAACAGCGCUUCAGACUUCUCAGCAGUGCUGUUAUGCAUAUUACACCUGCAAUGGCAUCCUCCUUCACCACGCGAUCGUGUCGAUGGGGAGAGGGACGGAGGUAUUCAUCCAGGCCGUUUCCUAGAAGAAAUCCUCUGUAAACCUGUAUUCUAUUCAAGUAGACAGACGAUCACUUUAAGGGUUAUGCCAUC